GUUGUUUGCUCUGUGUGGACCCGGCUAAUCACUUUAAUUCGAAUCUUACAAUCUUUCAUUCGGAAUAACCGAAUUUUCGAGCUAGAGUAUGAUAAAAGUGGAAUCUGGAAGUAGGUACAUACAUUUCUUUAAAAAAAUCAAAUAUAUUUUAAAAUGAUAAUGCUUCAAUAUAGCCUACAUUUCAAUAAACAAUCAACUGAAUUUGAAACCUUAAUUUUGAAGUCGGUUAAAAACAGCUCGGCGCGAUUUUAAUUUGCAUCUUUCUUAAUAACAAACCAAAUUUUGCGCUCCACAAACACAGUAUAAUGAUUUAUGAUAACACUAGGAAACUAUUGUGUACGUGUGUAGCAAUAAAUCAAGAAUUGUCGUCAAUAGGUUACCGCAAGUGCCAUUGCAAAGGUAACUAAUAUAACUGAGACCCCGUUGGUUAUGAGCUUUACGCGAACUUAAACGUUAGCGACUGCCACAACUUACAACACAGUGCAUCUCUCUUAGUAGCGCAAUACGAGAGAUGCAUAGUAAGUUAGUUUACCUAGUCGCUAGCGAAUAUGUCAGAAUCAAACUCGUGGAAAGGAUACCGUUCGCCACACUUUGUUAAACACUCUUUUACUUGUUAAAUGCUUGCACUUGCUAAUACCUUGAGUUAAAAACUUAGUCAAAUCUAAACUCGGUUUUGUAGCAUUUUCCGAAAAUUAAAUGUUCAUAAACGCGACGCUCUUUUGGAAUUAUUCAAGUGUUUUUUCUGAGACCCUCAAGACGCAUAAGACGUGUUACUCAUACUUGACAUUUUUUUACAUAACACGACGGUGGCAAACAAGCGUGCGGGCGCUUCAUGUUAAGCAGCAACCGCAGCCUACGGGCGCUUGCAACUCUAGUGGAAUUGUUACACGCGCGUCUUACCUUCCGUCAAAAAGAUUUAUUGCCAAAAACCUAAUAUUUGCAUAGGGACUUAUUAUUUCGGUAUUUACGCAACUAACAUUAUUGAGGUGGAUUUUCUUUGUUCAUAAACAUGUAUUCAGUAACCGGAGCAGGCUAAAGACAAUGGCGGACUAUUUGAACAGCUUUUUCUUGUGUUUGUUCAAACACGCGCUUAUAAGAGAGGGGGGCUCACUACGGUUAGAGUGGUGUUAGUAUACAUGUAGCGGACAAUGAAGACAAUAGUCGUGUGUGCUAUAUUUAUUUUGGAGUUGGUCUCCACCUUCCCAUUCCCGGAGCCCGCGUACUAUGAUACGUACGAGCCCCAAGAAAUCCAAAUACCAACUCUAUCACACUCUCCCGACCUCUACCAGCAACAACAACUCUACAUCAAGCAGCAGAAUGAUAACAUCCGCAGGAACUAUGAGAACUUGUUGAGGAAUCAGAUCCUGACGCGUCCGAGCUACAAUAUUCAACCAGAGUUGAACACCAUACGCGAACCGUAUAUUAACUCGAUCCCUCUUCAGCGGCCGAUUCAACGCGCUCAGUAUGAGGCGCCCUUAACGCCGCAAUACUAUCCUGUGCAGCGCCAGCAGCCUGUUCGGCAAUACCAGCCAGUGCAAAGCCAGGACUUCCAAGUAGCAACAGAGGCCCACGCCGAGGCCGGGAACUCUCAGGUCGCGAGCCAACCGACAAACAACCCGUACCAUUAUGCGCAAUUCAACGCAGAAAAUUUGGCGUAUCACCCGCGAAUCCAGCAAGUCCUAGCUUCAACGCCGCUCCAGAAACGCUAUUUAGUGCUCCACCCCAACGGAACCAUUGAGCAUAUCGACAAGAUCGAACACAUCGUCGAACAACACCCUAAUUACAUCUUAUUGAACGCUGGAAGCGUUACACCACAGAUUGAUAGUACAAGACCAGGUUCAGCGCAAAAUCCGUUGGCUCCACAGGUCCCAGUUGCCCCUGUUGCACCAGUGCCACCGAAUACCCCACCGGCACCAAAUAACCCAGCAGCACCCGCUGUACCUGCGGCUCCAGUAGCCCCAUCGCCACCAACCGCCCCUGUAGCACAAAUACCGAAUGCACCAAAUGCCCCAGUUGCACCAGUGGCACCUAAUACCCCACUGGGACCAAACGCCCCAGUGACACCAGCAGUAUCCAAUGCCCCAUUGGCCCCAGUACAGGUACCGGAGGCGACUCCAGUUGCCUCGUUCCCACCAACGGCUCCUGUAGCCCCAGCGGCACCUAAUGCACCAACGGCCCCAGUAUCCUCAGCUGCUCCAAAUAAUCUAGCAGCACCAAAUGCACCAGUUGCUCCAGUUACCGCUGCAACGCAACCAAACGCUGUCGCCACACCCCCAGUAGCCCCAGCACCAGUCAACCCAGCCCCGGCACCAGUAAAUCCAGUCCCUUCGCCGGUAAAUCCUGCACCGGCACCAAUUAAUGCAGCACCAGCACCUGUUGGUCCAAUCCCUGGACCUGCUGAAUCACUUUCACCAGUUAACUCCAAACCUGCACCUCCACCCCCAGGACCUCAAACUGGCAUCGUGCCUGGCCCAAAACAGACGGUUCAACCACCAACCGGACCAACUACAGCCCUUCCACCCGUUACCGCCCAAACAGCUCAACCACAUGUCCUUUUAAAUGGCAAUAUUCCACCAUCUGUGAUUCUAAACGGUACCAUCCCUGGGCCUAAACCUACAGUCCCACCACCAACCGGCCCAACUACCGAGCUACCACCGGUUUCUGCGCCCACAGCACAACCACCAGUGUGGGUAACAGCUACUGCAACUGCCAUUUACCCUCCACCAACUACUCCUUUACCACCAGUAACUAAGACACUGCAUCCAACGGUGACAACAAGUACACCACCACCAGUGACAGCAAUCACCUCUGUACCACCAGUAACUGCGACUGCCACAGCCUCUGCUACUUCCAUAGAAGUGACAACUCCCGUACCCCCGACCACUGAAGAUUCUAAUAAACUGGAUUGCCCGACCACGGUGGCUCCAUAUAUCAAACCAAACAAUACGAAGAACGAUAUUGACGUACUUCAAGUAAAUGGCGCGAAACCAGAAGCAUGGUUCAGGACGAAGGACCUUGACUUCUGGGAGAAGCUGAAUACCAGAGACGAAACCUUCGACGUCGUGUACUUCUUUAACGUACCGCGACAGCCGAGAGUGACGAAGGAAACUAUAACCACUAUACAUGCUGACGGUACUGUGGUGGAAGAAGUGACGCAGACCAUUUGUGACGACAAGGAUUCACCACCAAAAAUUAUCCGAACUAUUACGGUCACCAAACCUGAUGGCACCCAGUCAACGACGUGAGAAGAACUAUAUUGGAUUCAAAUAAGUUUUAAGUAAUUAAGAAUUAUUUUAGUCUCUUCUGUACUCUUGUAAUGCUCUCGGUGUACUUUUGUAUUUGUAACUUUGUUUCCAUAAUGUAAAUAAAGUGUUUAAGAAAUA